AGAAAGCUCUUUUAUUUUCUCCCCGGCCCUUGUUAUUUUUUUCUACCGACAGAUGGGAGGAGCCAAGGGAAGCUAUGGCCAACUCCUCCUCCUCUUCUCCCUCUUCCUCUCUCGCCGUCCCCAGCUGACGAUCAGCUGGUCCGAGAGCGCCGCCGCCGAGGCCGAGGCCAUCGCCGCCAUCCCCUGCUCCGGCCACGGCCGCGCCUACCUCGACGGCAUCCUCGUCGACGGCGUUCCCACGUGCGAGUGCAACACGUGCUAUGCCGGGGCGGACUGCUCUCAGCUUUUGCCGGACUGCCCCGCCGAUGCCGACAGCGGGGAUCCGUUGUUUUUGGAGCCAUAUUGGCAGCAGCAUGCAGCGAGCAGUGCGGUGGUAUUCUCGGGAUGGCACCGGAUGAGCUACAGAACCACGGGAGAUUACUUCAUCUCCGUGGAGCUCGAGAAGCACAUCCGCCUCCUCCACGAGGCCGUCGGGAAUGCCGUCACCGACGGUAGGUUCAUCGUCUUCGGAUCAGGUUCUACUCAGCUGCUCAAUGCUCUGGUGUACGCUCUCUCGCCGGAAAAUGCCUCCACUCCUGCCUCUGUUGUUGCAACCGCUCCCUACUAUGCGUUAUACAAAUUGCAGACCGAUCUUUUCGACAGAAGGGAGUAUGAAUGGAAAGGAGUAACAUCCAAAUGGGUAAAUGCAUCUGUAGCAUCGAUGGGAAACUUCAUUGAGUUUGUAACUUCACCAAACAAUCCUGAUGGGCGCCUGCUGCAAUCAGUUCUUGGAGGUUCAUCUGUUAUUUAUGAUCAUGCUUACUACUGGCCUCAUUUUACUGCAAUUCCAGCCCCAGCUGAUGAGGAUGUCAUGAUCUUCACCGCUUCCAAGGUUACCGGCCAUGCCAGCAGUAGGUUUGGGUGGGCGGUGAUAAAGGACGAGAAGGUGUAUCAAAAAGCCACGGAAUACAUGCAACUAAAUACCAUGGGUGUUUCUCGUGAUACUCAGUUAAGAGUGCUGAAGCUCGUCAAAGUGAUGUUGGCAGAGAUGAGAGGAGAGGGAGGCAUCUUUGAAUUCGGACAUAAAACAACCAGAGAAAGAUGGAGCAAAUUAUCUAAGGUCAUAUCAUCCUCCAACCGCUUCUCCUUGCAGCAACUCUCUCCUCUGUACUGCACCUACUUCAAAAAGAUCAUAGACCCUUCUCCAGCUUAUGCUUGGUUGAAGUGUGAGAUGGAAGGAGAUGUGGACUGCUCUGCUGUCCUCAGGGAAGCAGGCAUCAUUUCCCGUGCUGGUGCAGUAUUUGAAGCUAGUAGCCGUUACGCACGCCUGAGCCUCAUCAAGACACAGGAUGAUGUCGAUUUGCUGCUGCAACGGAUGGAGGCUCUCGUCUCCAAGGAGGAUGUUGCUUCUUUCUGAACUUAAAAUGAUGAAGGUCAGUACUCAUCAACCGCAUGUUGAUUAUAAAGCAGUGCUCGAACUUUUCUUUUUCACCAAAAAAACAGAAAAUAAUCAACGGCAUGUUGAUUAUAAGGUAAUGAUUUAUGAAAAAGAUGAAAACUAUUGAAUGUCAGAAUGUAAGAAUGUAGGCCCUGCAUUUGUUCGAAUUCUACGAAUCAUAUGGUUGUCAAGAAUGUGGACCAUUACAGUGCUGCAGAUAGCCUGUUAAGGUGUCAAAUAUGUUGCUUGUACAAUUUGGCAUGACCAGUAUUGAUAUUUAAGUUCCCGAUAUCGAUAUUUUACUUUUAACAAAAAAUAUAGUAUUUGUUUGCCAAAUUUUA